CCUUCUUCUACUCGACCAAUCGACAGCAAAGAGCAAGUAUACAGUAUUGCAAAUAUCUACCUCGGUCUCCUUGUCUCGCGUCGUCGAUUUCCUUAUUUCUUCUUUAUUUUUCUGUUCCUGCUUUCAUUAAACAUUUUCUUUGUCUUUCAAGAGUUAAUUAAUUGCUGAAAAUAUAAUGACUAACUACUUUGAUGAGGAGAUACUAUUUUCCAGUGACUACGAUCCCAGCAUUGCAGAUUCUACCAUACCUAGCAGUGAUGUUCAUCGUGGCCAUGAGAACCAGUUGAUAAUUCCGACUGGUCCUGGACAUAUCCCUAGACAUCAACAUGUCCUACCCCGACCGCUCACUGUCGACCAAGGGAACCUACCUUACGGUUCUAGUGCUCCCUACUAUGAAAACGUUUGGGGACCACAACAAGCUCCUUUCAUAAACCCGUUUGAUGUCCCUGCGGAAAAUCCUUGCCUCCAGCCAAACAUGGGAGCCGAAGCUCCUUCUCGAUCUGGAGAAGCUAUCUACUUCGACCCUUUGCGACAGACUGGUCUAGAAAUGCACAAUAGUGACGGUUCUUAUACCGACCGCAAUGAACGAUGUAAAUGGGGGGAUUGUGAUCUCACCUUCACUCGACAUGAACAGCUUGAACUGCAUUUCAAGGUCGCUCAUCCGAUACCUGAUCCCGACACAAAGGUAUGCAAAUGGGAAGAAUGCCGUCGCCGCCUUGGUAGAUUCAGAGACCUGGAGCGACAUGUUAUGAAUGUCCAUAUCUCACCGAACUCUCAAGCUUGCCCUACUGAUGGAUGCAAGCGAACUGGUCGAAAGGACAAUAUACACAGACAUCAUCGCAAGGCACACCGCCAAUCACUCUGAAAUGACUAAAUUAAAGAGAGCGAGUGCAGACAAAACGAAAUUAAAGAUCAAAGAAGACAUGAAUUCUUGAUUUACAUAUGAAAAAUGGGUUUUUUUAAUGGAGAAUUUUUGAUGUACUACUAUUUAAUUCGGGCUAAACUAUAUAGAGGGUUGGGUGGAUUUCCUUUCACGGCAAGAAUGUCUUUUCGUUUCAUGAUACCACCUCUAUUAUCACUAUCGUUUUUUGGUACACUUAUUUUUAUUGACAAGGAUCAACACUUUACACAUACUGUAUAACAACCCUAAACCUAACCCUGAAAGAGCAGAAUAUGUUUUCUGCCAUCAGAUUAGCCGAACAGGAGAUUACGAGAUUCACUUUACGCAGAUAUUGAG